AUGUGGCCCAGUUACCAAGAUGAGCACGAGUUCAACGCCCACCUGGUUUGCCGCAUGUGCUGCAUGGAUGAGCGGGACCGGGUUCAGAAGAAAACGUUCACCAAGUGGGUCAACAAGCACUUGAUGAAGGUCCGAAAGCACAUCAGUGAUCUUUAUGAAGAUCUGCGGGAUGGCCACAACCUGAUCUCUCUGUUGGAGGUCCUGUCAGGCAUCAAACUGGAGCCAGCAGGGCUGAAGACCCUCCGUCUUGUGAGCAUGCCCUCCUGGCGCCAUACAAACAGCGAGGAGCAGGAUGAGGAAGAUGAUGAUGAUGUACCUCGGGAGAAGGGCAGGAUGCGUUUUCAUAGGCUGCAGAAUGUGCAAAUUGCUCUGGACUUCCUAAAACAGCGACAGGUGAAGCUAGUGAAUAUUCGCAAUGAUGACAUCACAGAUGGCAACCCCAAGCUAACCCUGGGCCUGAUCUGGACCAUUAUUUUGCACUUCCAGGUAUGGUCUGUUUCAGGGUCCUUGUUGCUUUGAACAUGGUCUUCUAGAGAAGAAGGCAGAAUUUGAGCCUUCUUUCUCUGUAUUUGGCAGUGAAUCAGGAUGGGUGAGAGUUGGGAAGGAAAAUUAAGAUUGGCUUAGAGACAAGCUUCCUAAUUAUUUACAUGGUGAAAUGGAGAGGUUUUUUACCUGUUUGUGGUUUGCCCUGUCCUUGACAGUUUGGUAUUAGGAGCCUAUUUGCUCAGCUAAUUCAAAAUUAGGCUUUUUAGGGUCUCAGAGUAUGAAAGGUAGGGGGAGAUGUUAUUCUUGGUGCUAUAGAAGGGUAGCACAAAGGAAGAUAAAAAAUCCUGCUCUGAUGUAGACUUUUCCUCAUUAUUAAUGGUCUUUAAACAAAACUGGUUAAUUGUAGCCCUUUAAUAGCUGGGUUUGCAUAUAUGUAUGUGCUGGUAAACAGCACAGCUUUGUAGUGCCCGUCACACCAUCAAGCUGUGCCAUCUUGGUCAUAUGGCCUUCCUGUUGGCUUCUUCUUCCUUAGAUUGCAAAUCUGUUCAAAGUCUGGUUUGUUAUUGGAAAAGAGCAGUCCUGUUUUUAUUUAAAAAACAAAACAAAAACAAAAGGCUAUUCUUUUACAUCACUUUUAGCCCAGCCAAACAAAGCUAUUUCUCAGACUGCUCUCUAGUACCCAAUUGCUGCACACUGGACUGAUGGAUUAAGGGGAGCACUUUUUCAGCAGGUGGAAAAAGAAGGCUCCUUAUAGUAGUAACUCAAGGUGCUGACUCCAGGGGCCAGGCCAAUGUGAUGUCCUAUUUGAAGAAUUAUCACCACCUUCUGGUUAAAGGCAGAAUAGCAGGAGUAUCAUAAUUCCUAAGACCCUGACAAAAUUGUGAGAGCACAGGCUUGUUUCUUAGGGCUCUGGUUUGGAACCAAUGCUUGCAUUCUGCAGCAUGGGUAGGGUUAGGAAUGUGUGGAGGUGACAUGUAUUUUUGUGGAGUCACAGAGGGUCUUGAGCAAGCAGUAAGUGUAAGCUAAGGUUAACCAGGAAUAUGAACUUGGUGAAUGUGCCCUGGCAAGGUGGGAACAAGUAUUUCAUUGAGCCUCCAUGUAAGACUCGAGCUGCCCCCUUGAAACUCUUAGGAACCGAGGAUAGUUUGUGUGUGUGUGUUUGUCUGUUUUAUUUUUUUACGGUACUAGGAAUGGAAGCCAGGGUCUUGAACAUGUUAGGGAAACACUCUAACACUGAGCUUCAUCCCUGGCCCCCGAGGAGAUUUUUUUUAAGAAAAAAUUUUUUGUGACUCUUUGGCCACAAACCUGCCCUCACAGUGAGUAUUUAAUGUUAGUGUCACAGGCAUGAGGUGAGUCUGUUUAUUCUGACUGUAACUAAAUCUCUUUUAAAAAGGGGAAACUUGGGGGACACAGAAUGAAAACAGAAUUGGUUAACUAAAACUGCUCUGAUAGGGGAAGUAGGGGUAAUGGAGUGGUCCUUUCCAGAGCAGGUCCAUCAGGAAAAAUUUUUUCUCUGCAUAAAAAUUGUUAUAGGGCUGGGCUGUGACUCAGUGGUAGAAUGCUUGCCCUGCUGCAUGAGGUCCUGGGUUCCAUCACCGGCACAGCAAAAAAAAAAAAAAAA